AUGGGACUGGAUCAAAGGUAUUGUGGUCCACUCCACCUGUCUGGACAACACAUCGAAAAUAAACCAGUCUCAGUCCAACCCAUUGACUGUCCAGCUGGCUAUUACUGCAUUCAAGGAAUCCAGUAUCCAUGUCCACAGGGUUCUUACAGUAACCAGACGGCUCAAGUCAGUGCUGAGCAGUGUGAGGCAUGUCCAAGAGGGAAAUAUUGUGCAGUAGAAGGUCUGAGUCAUUACUCCGGUCUUUGUGACCCAGGCUGUGUUUGCUUGCUGCGGGCCACCACCUCCUGCCCUUCAGAUAACAUCACUGGUUACCUGUGUCCACCUGGGCACUAUUGCCCCCAAGGUUCUGGCUAUGGAAUAAGAUGCCCAGCUGGAACAUUUGGCCCUAGGGAUGGUCUGUCAUCUGUUAUGGAAUGUGUUCUGUGUACACCAGGUUUCUACUGUGACAUGGAAGGGCUUGCUUCUCCAACUGGACCUUGUUUCCCAGGGCAUUAUUGUGUGCUUGGUGCCAGAACAGGGAGUCCUUUUGGAGAUCAAACAGGGGAUAAGUGUCCACCAGGUUAUUUCUGCCCUUCUGGGACUAACAGUCCUAAACCUUGUCCCCCAGGAACUUACCAACCUUUGUCAGGUGUGACAUCCAGAAAUGAAUGUCUGCCUUGUCCAGGUGGAAAAUAUUGUGAAAGUCAAGGACAAAGUAAUGUUUCUGGAGACUGUUCAGCUGGAUUUUACUGCGUCUCUGGUUCGAGAAGUGCCUUCCCUUUGGAUGGCAGCAUGGGUGCUCCGUGCCCUGUGGGGCAUUAUUGCCCAGCUGCUUCUAGCCAGCCUUGGGCAUGUAGAAAUGGUACAUAUGGUGCAGCUCUGGGACUACAGGCAUUGCCUGACUGCGCGCCAUGUGAUGCUGGUUUCUUCUGCAGUGAAGAUGGAGCAGAUCAAGUGACUGGGCCAUGUUCACCUGGGUAUUACUGUCAGAUGGGAGUUGAUACUCCUACACCCGAAGGCAACAACACAGGCAUAGGAGCCGGUCAUGUCUGUGACAGAAAAGGUCUUAGUGCUCCUUCAGGCCUUUGCCGCCCGGGUUUUUAUUGCCCACGUGGAACAUGCAACAGCCAAACUCAGAUUCAAGCCAAUGUGUCCAGGUAUCUUGGGUCCCACCCUCACUCCCUUGACCAGCGUGGAAACUUCACAGAGUUUGUUUGUCCUCCAGGUAUCCAUUAA